AUGCCUGAACACCAAGAAGAUGUCCAUGAUGACACCACCAUCAAGGUGGUUCAGGAAAAAGAUGAGGAAUACGUCGAGAAUGUUGAAGAUACCUUGAAGGGGGCUCAACGUGCGACAGAGGAGGAGCAUGGAAUGAGUCUGAGAGAGGGGAUUCGAAAAUACCCAAAGGCCGUCUUCUGGUCCCUCUGGUUUUCCUCGGCGUUGAUCAUGGAAGGUUUCGAUCAUGCCUUCAUUACCGGUUUCUUUGCUUUUCCUGCCUUUCAGAAGCGCUAUGGGUCACUGCAAUCAGAUGGCACGUAUCAAGUCCCUGCAACCCUUCAGUCUGCCAUUGGCAACGGCGUGAAUGCUGGGCAGAUUGUUGGUCUGCUGAUCAACGGGAUCCUGGCUGAUCAUCUGGGGUAUCGCUGGGUCAUGAUCGGUUGUCUCAUUUUGAUGUGCGCUUUCAUCUUUUUGCAAUUCUUUGCGACGAGCAUUUACAUGUAUUUGGGGGCUGAGAUUCUGCUCGGACUCCCAUGGGGUGUCUUCCAGACAUUAACGACCACCUAUGCAGCAGAGGUCUGUCCCAACGUGCUCCGGCCCUAUCUCACAAUGCUGGUGUCACUAUGCUGGAGCGUCGGAUACCUACUGGGCACCGGUGUGCUGCGUGCCUUUCUGUCGUCGACCGGAGAGUGGGCUUACCGUAUCCCAUUUGCUCUGCAAUGGAUCCUGCCUAUUCCUCUUAUGAUCGGUAUUUACCUUGCUCCCGAGUCCCCUUGGUGGCUUGUCCGUAAGGGUCGCAUCGACGAUGCUGGCAAAGUCAUCCGUCGUCUUCGCGCCAAGGACAGUCCCGAAGAGGAGAUCGCCGACACUGUCUCCAUGAUGGUACAGACAGUGAAGAUCGAGAAUGAAAUGCAGUCCACCAGCACGUAUGCGGAUCUGUUCAAGGGUACGAACUUGCGACGCACCGAGAUCACGGUGCUUACCUACUUGAUUCAGGAGCUAUGUGCACCUUUGGUCGCAUACAUUGUCUACUUCCUCGAGCAAGCCGGACUGUCCCCGACAGCCUCAUUCGACUUCGGAAUGGGUGAAUACUCCCUCGCAAUUUUGGGCGUCUUUGUGGCAUGGUUUCUUGUGCCAAGGCUGGGUCGACGUACUCUGCUAUUGUCUGGAACGGCUUUCAUGACCACGACUACAUUUGUGAUUGGUUUCAUGGGCAUACCAGAUAUCAAAACUCAUCCCAAUAUCGGGUAUGGAAUUGGCACCAUUCUCCUCGUCGAGUACUUUGUCUUCUUCAUCACCAUUGGUCCAAUCAUUUACACCAUUGUCACCGAGAUCCCAUCGAAUUUUCUCCGCAACAAAAGUGUUGUCAUGGCCCGCGCCGUCUACAAUGUCGCUGUCCUGGUAUAUGGACAGCUGGUCCCGCAUAUGAUGCAAAAGGCGGCUUGGAAUUGGGGAGCCAAGUCCGGGUUCUUUUAUGGAGCGAUCAUGGGGAUCGGACUGGUCUGGGCGUACUUCCGGCUACCAGAAACCGCCAAUCGCACCUUUGCAGAGAUGGACAUCCUUUUCAAAAAUAAGGUCAAGGCGCGAGAUUUCGCAAACACCAAAGUUGACCUCGCGAACGAAAGUGUCUCUCGAGCCCAGGACGGUCACGACGGCUUGGAGUAUUAG